AUGGCUGCCCAAGACGAAGCCCCUGGAUCCACCAAGAUCUUUGUUGAAGCAAAAGAAGCCACUCGCUUCGUCGAAGCUAUUCUGAGCGGAAACGGAGUGCCUGCCGAGAAUGCCGCCAAAGUCGCCAAAUACCUUGUCGCCGCGGACUUGCGAGGCGUCGAUACCCAUGGUAUCAACCGCAUCCCAUCAUACAUGGAGCGCAUCCGACAAGGCGUCCUCAACCCAGCUGCGCAGCCCCAGCUCCGUCAAGUGACCCCUGUCGUGGCACAUGUGGACGGCCAAAACGGCUUCGGUUUCGUCGCGGCCCACGCUGGCAUGGCGGCGGCCGUUGAGUCGGCUAGAGUCUAUGGUAUAGGCAUGGCGAGCGUCGCGCACUCGAACCACUUUGGCAUGAGCGCCUGGGUCGUCCAACAGGCUCUGGAUGCCGACAUGAUGAGCCUCGUCUUCACCAACUCGAGCCCCGCGCUGCCCGUCUGGGGCGGCCGCAGCAAGCUCAUGGGCGUCUCGCCCAUCGCGUGCGGCGCCCCCGGCGGCGACAGGCCCUUCAUCCUCGACAUGGCGCCUUCCGUGGCGGCCCGGGGCAAGAUUUACAAGGCCAAACGCAGGGGCGAGAAGAUUCCGCUUGUUUGGGCGCUCGACGCCGAGGGCAGGCCGACGGAUGACCCCGAAGCCGCUCUUGGCGGCGUCAUGUUGCCGAUGGGAGGGCCCAAGGGAUCGGCGCUGUCAAUAAUGAUGGACGUCUUCUCGGGCGCCCUCUCAGGCCUCGAGGACUUUCGCGCCCGCAUGCAGCACCUUUACGAUCGGGUCGUCGGCUCGGAAAAGGCGGCUGGCGUGGAGAGAAUUUAUUUCCCGGGCGAAAUCGAGCAGCUGACGCAAGAGGAGCGAGAGAGGACAGGCAUUCCGUUUGUGGGUGCCGAGAUUGAAGCAUUGAAUGAGGAGGCUGCGCGAGUGAGUGCCGAGCUCAUAGUCACCAAAUCUUGA